AUGACGGAGUAUAAGCUUGUCUAUUUCAACAUGAUGGGACGCGCGGAGCCGGCUCGCCUCAUUUUUGCAUACGCCGGUGUCAAAUACAAAGACGAGCGAAUCGAGAAGGCCGCUUGGCCGGAAAUUAAACCUACGACACCGCAUGGCCAGUUGCCGGUUUUGCAUGUCGAUGGAAAGCAAUUGGCGCAAAGCCGCACCAUUGAAAGAUACUUGGCGAAGACUUUCGGACUUGCUGGAGAUAACGAUUGGGAUGCAGCGAAGAUGGAUGAGCUUGUCGCGUGCGUCGAGGACUUUUUGAUCCAAAUUCAACCAUGGUUCAAAGAGCAAGACAAUGCGAAAAAAGUGGAGAUUUUCAAGGAGCUCAUUGAGACCACCAUUAUUCCAUUUAUUACUGCUUUUGAGGCAUUGCUCCAGGCUAACGGAACUGGAUAUUUUAUUGGUGACAAGCUCUCAUACGCAGAUCUUGCUAUCUUCCAUAUCUUCUGGUUCAUGAACACCAAAAUCUUGCCAGGAGCUCUUCGCAAGUAUCCAAGCCUCAAUGAGUUUGUUGAAAAGAUCGCUACAAUCGACUCGAUCAAGAACUGGAUCGCGACUCGCCCAAAAACUGAGGCAUAA